UCCGCCCCCUUCGGCCUGUAGCGCGCCCUUGUGGGAGGGGUGCAGAAGGAGGCGCCCGAGCGUGGGGGAAAAGUGAGGCGUGCGUCGCCGCGCAGGCGCAUUGGUGGACGACGGACCUUGUGUUUCCAAAAUGGCGGCAGCGAUGGAUGUGGAUACCCCGAGCGGCACCAACAGCGGCGCGGGCAAGAAACGUUUUGAAGUGAAAAAGUGGAAUGCAGUAGCUCUGUGGGCCUGGGACAUUGUGGUUGAUAAUUGUGCCAUCUGCAGAAACCACAUUAUGGAUCUCUGCAUAGAGUGCCAAGCCAACCAGGCAUCUGCUACAUCUGAAGAAUGCACCGUGGCCUGGGGAGUCUGUAAUCAUGCGUUUCACUUUCACUGCAUCUCUCGCUGGCUGAAAACACGACAGGUGUGUCCACUGGACAACAGAGAGUGGGAAUUCCAAAAGUAA